GGACCCCUCUAUCCCAGCACCAGUGUUCCAUACACACAGAAACAUCAAUGACACAUAGACAUACAGUAGAUAGAUGCUGUAGAUAUAGUGAUACAUAUAAAUAUAUAAGAUAGAUAUAGUGAUACAUAUUGUAGAUACUAUAGCUAUAGAUAGACCCACAGUAGAUAGAUAUACUGGUGCAUAGAUAUAGUGAGACCUAGACACUGAAGCCAUGUUCGCUCUAUGUGCCACGACUCUCCUGUACUUCCUGUCUUUUAGCCAAUCAGCUCCUGCUGCAGCUCUAACCUGUGAGGACCUCCUUAAGCCCAUGGAUCCACCACGACUAGACCAGCAGCUCUACAGGAAAUGGGCCCUCGUCGCAGGCAGCCUGAGCCACCCUGCAUCCCUGGAGACUCUCAAGACCAGAGACGGCAUCACCAUGGAGUUUUCACCCUCUACCCCCAACCCCACCCAGAACUCCAACACCACCACAACCGUCCACUACACCCAGACUAACCGUUUCGGCAGCCGAUGCGAGUAUCGAACCUACAAUAUCUCACUCAUCAACGACAACAGCACCUUCCAGUUCGACGUGGGGGGGCGAUUCAACCUCACUGGGGUCUUCCUGGAGACCUCCUGCCCAGACUGUCUGGUGAUGAAGUGGGAGGUGAGCUCCAGGAGGAGGGAGUCCACAGACCUGUACCUGCUGAGGAACGUGGAGGGUGGGAGAGAGGUGGAGGAAGAGGAGAUGGAGGAGUUCAGGAAACAGGUGGAGUGUAUGGGGCUUCCUCCGCCAGUGGUGAUGGAGCCGGGGAAUGCCCUCUGUGGUUUCCAUCAGCUCAUCUGGAAAAACUGAGGAGAAGGAGAAGAAGAAGACGAAGCUCGAUCAGUGUGAUCAGAGAGUGGGGGCCGUGAGGCAGAUGUAGACACCGUUUCUGUCAUCGGUUUUGUAAUCCAACAUUUCUGUGUUUACUGUUUGUCGAUGACCUGUAGAAUUUUGAAAAAAAGAUGCACGAUUUGUCAUAUUAUUCUGUCUUCUUUGACAGAUUUAAUUACGUUCACAGAGUGAUUUAAUGUCCAAGAGCUUAAGCUAAUUCGCAGAGACAGUGGGAUCCAGCAGGAAUGCCGGGACAUCAUUAGGACCGCUCCAAACUCUAUGCACAAUGGGAAAGAAAAGUAUUUUUUUAAUUGGAUUACUUUUGUAUAAUUUGGCAUAACCUCAUUUGUCCAUGCAUUAAAGUGCUCAUACUGUUAAAUCUCAGAUUAAACUGGAUGGAACAGUGAACAAUU